AACUUUUAAGUGUUAAAACAUUAUUACAUUACAUAGUUUUUGUGGAAAAAAAAAAUGGGAAUGGUUAGUAAUGUUCGUGGUUUGAUGAUGGUGGUGAGCAUGGUCAUAUGUCUCACAUCAGUUGCAUAUGCGGCGGAGGGAACAGCUACUUUCUAUACGCCUCCUUAUGUUCCCUCUUCAUGCUACGGAUAUCAAAACGAUGGCGUGAUGAUCGCUGCAGCAAGUGAUGUGAUAUGGGGCAAUCGGGCAGCUUGUGGGAGAAGUUAUAGAGUCAAAUGCACCGGGGCUACAAACCUGGGCGUGCCACAACCUUGCAAGGGUACCAGCGUUGUGGUUAAAAUCGUCGAUUACUGUCCACCAGGAUGUCAGGGAACCAUUGAUCUCUCUCAAGAGGCUUUCUCCAUGAUAGUUAAUCCUGACGCCGGAAAAAUCAAAAUUGAAUAUAAUCAGGUUUGAAGUUCUAGAGUAUGGUCUCAUGAUCGUAACUACGAGUUAUUAUAAUAUAUAUAUAGGAAUAAGCAGCAAUGAGAUACAGGAGGCUCAUUGCAUGUGAAUGGUAGCUC